AUGGGUGUGAAUCACGUGUGGGAGAGUGCACCUUUUCACGUUAUGCCUAUAGCCGAGAAUUUGUCGUUUUGGAAUUGGCUUGAUAUUCUCAAGCGGGAACUGGAUCCGGACAAACUGCACCUUGCCAUCGUCGUUUGUUGGAAAUUGUGGGAACGUAGAAACAAGAUUAUUCACCAAGAAGAUUUCAUUAACCUGGAGGACAUGGUUGGGUGGUGCGCAGCGUAUCUCCGGACAUAUGACGACGCCCAAUUACAGCAUAACAAUGUUCGGCGGCCGGAAUUCUCGCAAACAUGGACACCGCCGCCUAUUGGGGUUCUUAAACUUAAUGUAGACGCGGCCUUCCCACCAAACUCAGAAUUUCACCGCGUCUCCUUGAUAGCUCGAAACGCAACAGGAACAUGUGUAUGGUGGCAAGUCCGACGAGUAUUGGGCAUGGUGAGCCCAUCUGAAGGUGAGGCCCAUGCCAUUCUUCAAGCUCUACGCACAGCUAAAUUUCGGCAAUGGAAUGCUAUCACGGUGGAAAGUGAUUGUCUUCUAGUGAUAGAAGCUCUCCAAAAACGGGAACCUAGUUUGCAGUCAUAUGGGGCGAUCGUAGAGGAAUGUUUUUCUUAUUUGAGUUGUUUUUCGUUUUGCACCUUUUCGUUUGUAAAGAGACAAGGCAAUAGCCUCGCUCAUUAUCUAGCUUCGUCACCAUCUUUGGACUCCAUGGAAGGAAUUAGCCUUCCCACUAUUUUGGCCGAUAGUGCCUAA